UUCUGGCUGCAUUCUACUUGCUCUUCUGGUGAAGUUCAGCUAUAUUUCCAAAGGAUGUCUACUCUUCUGGAAAACAUCAUUGCCAUCAUUGACCUAUUCCAUCAAUAUUCAGACAAAGACAAAGAAACUGAAACACUGAGCAAAGAAGAGCUGAAGGAACUUCUGGAAGUAGAGUUUCGCCCAAUCCUGAAGAAUCCAGAUGACGUAGACACUGCUGAAGUCGUCAUGGACAUGCUUGACAUAGACCACAACCAGAAAUUAGACUUUGAAGAAUUUUUUCUGAUGUUAUUCAAUUUGGCCAAAGCAUUCAAUGACUCCAAAAUGAGAAAGAAUUUCCGAUCAUCAGGACAAAAACAGAAAAAGAAGGGACACCAAAAGAAACACGAAGAACAUGAUAUAAAGGAAAACGAGGAGGAAGAGGAAAUAGAAAGAAAAUACAGGCAUUCAAAGAGUGAUGGAACAGGGAAAAAAGCAGACUUUGAUACCAGAACAAGACAGGGACAUAGUGAUCGACGCUCCACGAACACCUCUAGGCAGUCAGGCCCGCAUCAUGCAGACACAUCAUCUCAGGGACACCACGGCUCAUCCCGUGGGAAGUCUGGACAGAGCUCAGGAGGAAGACACCAGUCCCAGCAUGGCCAGACCCAUGACAGACACACACACUCGGGCACUGGACGUGGACAAUCAGCUUCUGGGUCCAGGACCACCACACGUCGGGGAUCCACCAGCAGUCAGGCCAGCGACAGCGAAGGACACUCUGGCCAUCCAGGUAGACAGUCUGGCUCUACCCAUGACAGGACUGGAUCCACUUCAAGACAACACCAUGGGUCUAGCCAUGGCCAGUCACGAGACAGUUCUGCACACUCUGGCCCCCAUGGAGGGCACAGAGCCCAGCAUGGGCACUCUGAGGACACCCAGGGACAACCAGACUCUGAUGCAGGAACAAUCCAGGGACAUAGUCAUCGACGCUCCACAGACACCUCUAGGCAUCAUGCAGACACAUCCUCUCGGCGUCCCCACAGCUCAUCCCGUGGGCCGUCCGGACAGAGCGCAGGAGGAAGACACCAGUCCCAGCAUGGCCAGUCCCUUGACAGCCAUGACAGCCACACACACUCGGGCACUGGACGUGGACAAUCAGCUUCUGGGUCCAGGACCACCACACGUCGGGGAUCCACCAGCAGUCAGGCCAGCGACAGCGAAGGACACUCUGGCCAUUCAGGUAGACAGUCUGGCUCUUCCCAUGACAGGACUGGAUCCACUUCAAGACAACACCAUGGGUCUAGCCAAGGCCAGUCACGAGACAGUUCUACACACUCUGGCCCCCAUGGAGGGCACAGAGCCCAGCAUGGGCACUCUGAGGACACUCAGGGACACCCAGACUCUGAUGAAGGAACAAGCCAGGGACAUAGUCAUCGACGCUCCACAGACACCUCUAGGCAUCAUGCAGACACAUCCUCUCGGCGUCCCCACAGCUCAUCCCGUGGGCCAUCCGGACAGAGCGCAGGAGGAAGACACCAGUCCCAGCAUGGCCAGACCCUUGACAGCCACACACACUCGGGCACUGGACGUGGACAAUCAGCUUCUGGGUCCAGGACCACCACACGUCGGGGAUCCACCAGCAGUCAGGCCAGCGACAGCGAAGGACACUCUAGCCAUUCAGGUAGACAGUCUAGCCCUACCCAUGACAGGACUGGAUCCACUUCAAGACAACACCAUGGGUCUAGCCAUGGCCAGUCACGAGACAGUUCUGCACACUCAGGCCCCCAGGGAGGGCACAGAGCCCAGCAUGGGCACUCUGAGGACACCCAGGGACAACCAGACUCUGAUGCAGGAACAAUCCAGGGACAUAGUCAUCGACGCUCCACAGACACCUCUAGGCAUCAUGCAGACACAUCCUCUCGGCGUCCUCACGGCUCAUCCCGUGGGCCGUCCGGACAGAGCGCAGGAGGAAGACACCAGUCCCAGCAUGGCCAGACCCUUGACAGCCACACACACUCGGGCACUGAACAUGGACAAUCAGCUUCUGGGUCCAGGACCACCACACGUCGGGGAUCCACCAGCAGUCAGGCCAGCGACAGCGAAGGACACUCUAGCCAUUCAGGUAGACAGUCUAGCUCUACCCAUGACAGGACUGGAUCCACUUCAAGACAACACCAUGGGUCUAGCCAAGGCCAGUCACGAGACAGUUCUACACACUCUGGCCCCCAUGGAGGGCACAGAGCCCAGCAUGGGCACUCUGAGGACACUCAGGGACACCCAGACUCUGAUGUAGGAACAAGCCAGGGACAUAGUCAUCGACGCUCCACAGACACCUCUAGGCAUCAUGCAGACACAUCCUCUCGGAGUCCCCACAGCUCAUCCCGUGGGCCGUCCGGACAGAGCGCAGGAGGAAGACACCAGUCCCAGCAUGGCCAGUCCCUUGACAGCCACACACACUCGGGCACUGGACAUGGACAAUCAGCUUCUGGGUCCAGGACCACCACACGUCGGGGAUCCACCAGCAGUCAGGCCAGCGACAGCGAAGGACACUCUGGCCAUUCAGGUAGACAGUCUGGCUCUACCCAUGACAGGACUGGAUCCACUUCAAGACAACACCAUGGGUCUAGCCAUGGCCAGUCACGAGACAGUUCUACACACUCUGGCCCCCAUGGAGGGCACAGAGCCCAGCAUGGGCACUCUGAGGACACCCAGGGACACCCAGACUCUGAUGCAGGAACAAGCCAGGGACAUAGUCAUCGACGCUCCACAGACACCUCUAGGCAUCAUGCAGACACAUCCUCUCGGCGUCCCCACGGCUCAUCCCGUGGGCCGUCCGGACAGAGCGCAGGAGGAAGACACCAGUCCCAGCAUGGCCAGUCCCUUGACAGCCACACACACUCGGGCACUGGACAUGGACAAUCAGCUUCUGGGUCCAGGACCACCACACGUCGGGGAUCCACCAGCAGUCAGGCCAGCGACAGCGAAGGACACUCUAGCCAUUCAGGUAGACAGUCUGGCUCUACCCAUGACAGGACUGGAUCCACUUCAAGACAACACCAUGGGUCUAGCCAAGGCCAGUCACGAGACAGUUCUACACACUCUGGCCCCCAUGGAGGGCACAGAGCCCAGCAUGGGCACUCUGAGGACACUCAGGGACACCCAGACUCUGAUGCAGGAACAAGCCAGGGACAUAGUCAUCGACGCUCCACAGACACCUCUAGGCAUCAUGCAGACACAUCCUCUCGGCGUCCCCACAGCUCAUCCCGUGGGCCGUCCGGACAGAGCGCAGGAGGAAGACACCAGUCCCAGCAUGGCCAGUCCCUUGACAGCCGUGACAGCCACACACACUCGGGCACUGGACAUGGACAAUCAGCUUCUGGGUCCAGGACCACCACACGUCAAGGAUCCACUAACAGUCAGGCCAGUGACAGCGAAGGACACUCUGGCCAUUCAGGUAGACAGUCUGGCUCUUCCCAUGACAGGACUGGAUCCACUUCAAGACAACACCAUGGGUCUAGCCAUGGCCAGUCACGAGACAGUUCUGCACACUCAGGCCCCCAGGGAGGGCACAGAGCCCAGCAUGGGCACUCUGAGGACACCCAGGGACAACCAGACUCUGAUGCAGGAACAAGCCAGGGACAUAGUCAUCGACGCUCCACAGACACCUCUAGGCAUCAUGCAGACACAUCCUCUCGGCGUCCUCACGGCUCAUCCCGUGGGCCGUCCGGACAGAGCGCAGGAGGAAGACACCAGUCCCAGCAUGGCCAGUCCCUUGACAGCCAUGACAGCCACACACACUCGGGCACUGGACAUGGACAAUCAGCUUCUGGGUCCAGGACCACCACACGUCGGGGAUCCACCAGCAGUCAGGCCAGCGACAGCGAAGGACACUCUAGCCAUUCAGGUAGACAGUCUAGCUCUACCCAUGACAGGACUGGAUCCACUUCAAGACAACACCAUGGGUCUAGCCAAGGCCAGUCACGAGACAGUUCUACACACUCUGGCCCCCAUGGAGGGCACAGAGCCCAGCAUGGGCACUCUGAGGACACCCAGGGACACCCAGACUCUGAUGUAGGAACAAGCCAGGGACAUAGUCAUCGACGCUCCACAGACACCUCUAGGCAUCAUGCAGACACAUCCUCUCGGCGUCCCCACAGCUCAUCCCGUGGGCCGUCCGGACAGAGCGCAGGAGAAAGACACCAGUCCCAGCAUGGCCAGUCCCUUGACAGCCACACACACUCGGGCACUGGACGUGGACAAUCAGCUUCUGGGUCCAGGACCACCACACGUCAAGGAUCCACUAACAGUCAGGCCAGUGACAGCGAAGGACACUCUAACCAUUCAGGUAGACAGUCUAGCUCUACCCAUGACAGGACUGGAUCCACUUCAAGACAACACCAUGGGUCUAGCCAUGGCCAGUCACGAGACAGUUCUACAUACUCUGGCCCCCAUGGAGGGCACAGAGCACAGCAUGGGCACUCUGACGACUCCCAGGGACACCCAGACUCUGAUGCAGGAACAAGCCAGGGACAUAGUCAUCGACGGUCCGCAGACACCUCUAGACAGUCAGUCCCGCAUCAUGCAGACACAUCCUCUCAGGGACUCCACGGCUCAGCCCGUGGUCCCUCUGGACAGAGCUCAGGAGGAAGACACCAGUCCCAGCAUGGCCAGUCCCUUGACAGCCACACACACUCGGGCACUGGACGUGGACAAUCAGCUUCUGGGUCCAGGACCACCACACGUCGGGGAUCCACCAGCAGUCAGGCCAGCGACAGCGAAGGGCACUCUGGCCAUUCAGGUAGACAGUCUGGCUCGACCCAUGAUAGGACUGGAUCCACUUCAAGACAACAUCAUGGGUCCUCCCAUGGACAAUCUGGAGAUAGCACUAAGCACUCGGGGUCCUAUGAAGGGCCAACAGCCAGCGACAGCGAGUCCCAAUCUUCCCAUGGUGUGUCAGGAUCUGGCAGUACACAUAUACAGAGACACCAGCAUGAACAGGCAGGUGGUAGCUCCAGAAACUCAAGAAAUAGAAAUGGAGAUAGUUCAGCUCAAUCUGUUUACAGUGGGCACCAUGGAUUCAAUAUUAUUCAGGCCAGUGAGACCAAAGUUGGAAUACCUAAAUCCCGUCACGUGGGAUUUAUACACAGACCUCUCUAUGGAGAAGACUUUUCAAGAUCCAAUACAUUAGGCAGUUAUAUAAAUCCUGUGACAUAUGGUCAGUCAGGUGAUAGUUUAAGGCAGCGGGGAUUUAAACAACAAUACUUUUAUUCUGAGUGAGAGACAAUAGAAAUGUAAUUAAUUCAAAGAGUAAGAGAGGAACAACAGAAAUUUGAAUCAAGAAUGUUUCAUUAUACUUACACAUAGGUUAUCUUCUAUUAUCUUUUUAACAUAUCAUCUUACUUUUCUUUGGUGGUGGUUUCUUCUCAUUCUCUGGGAAAGUUUUAUCUUUAUAACUUUAAAAUGGUGAAUGGAAAAAAGCAAUGUUAUGGACAGAGAAAUUAUGAAAUGUAUGACUAUUUUGGUAAAUAGGUUUAUGUAAUAAUUUUUGAGGGAUUAAAAUUUAGAAUCUCUUCAGUUUCAUAGUAUAAUCUUUGCCAAAAAU